AGCUAAGUCCAGACAAAACAGCAAUUGAGAAAUGUCAUUUUUUGGAAAAGUGGACUUAGCACGUUUGGUUUUGAGGUGUCGAAUAUGUCCUGACUCCUAACCAGGUUUUUGUAUAUUUUUAGGGCAUUACUCUUGGUUAGACAUAGCAAAAUCUUUCUCAAUACCCAUAAAUUAAAUUAGUUAUGGACACUGGUAAAAAUUUUAUUCCUGAUCAUCUAAAAUUCAGUCCUUGGUAGUAUUUAUGAUCUUUAGUUUGCACUUCUAUGGACAAUAUUUGAGGUGACCAAUUGUCAUAUACAACAUAGAUGGGUAUACAUAAUUUAUGCAAAUUGACCUUUCAUUACAGAUUAUCUUAAAUCAAAGAAAUGGUAUAGAAUAGUAAUAGCCUAUAUUUGAGAUUUUGUGUCUCAUUUUUGACCCUUGUCUGUGAAAGCUGUAUGAUGAAUCGUCAUCAUGGGAUUGUUAAGGAAUUUCUUGACACAAAUUUUGGUCAAGUAACAAGGAUUGAUGAUUUAGCAAAUGCAAGGGAAAUAUACAAUCAACUGCUUGGAAGACAACGUGAUAUUGAACACCAGCUGUCUGUUAUUAGAACUGAAGUUCCAACAAAAAUUGAAAGUGCAAUCCGACUUUCUGAUGAAAGUUUAACACAAGGUGAAACUCUCAUCGCACAAAAAGAUGUUCUUGUUAAAAAAAUUAAUCAAGCUAUGGAAGAAUGCCAGCCAAUAAAUGAUGAUCUUGGAGGAACGGUUUUUCAAGUGAAGGAAAUAGAAAAAUUUGUCGUUUAUUUACAAUGGUUGAAACAUGUGGAAGAAUUGAGUGAAGAAAUACAGAGAUGCAUUUCGAGCGACAAUUUGAGUGGUGGUAGUCAAGCUUUUACGAAGUUGAUAAAGGUUAACCAGAUACUCACAACACAACAUUCAAAAUGUGAAAGUCUAAUGAAAUUUACGUCCGAUACAAUACUAUUCUGGCAUAAAUUUUUAAAGGACAAAUUGGCUUUAGAGUUGGAGAGUGUUUUGAAGCACAUAAGUUGGCCUUUUAUUCUUGCUCCUGGUCCACGAACCAUUCCUAAGACACUGCCAGGUUCCUCGGGCGAGAAAAGUUCUAGUAAAAGUGGAGCAAAUUCCACAGCUUCAACAGAUCUUCGUGCAGAUUUUGAACGAGUUUUCACGAACUUGUUAAUGAUUCAACUUCCAGAUCAUUUGAUAGAAAAGCUGAAUGCUCAAUCAGACAGUUCAAACCAGUCACAGCCAGUAUCAAGCAGUCAUAUUUUACUUCCAAUUCAGUUAUUGCUUCGACCAUUACGAAAACGUUUUCGGUAUCAUUUCUCUGGUAAUAAGCAGACAAACUCUAUUGCAAAGCCUGAAUGGUAUCUUACACAGAUUCUCAAUUGGGUGGGAAAUCACCGUGAUUUCUUAGAAGACACUGUACAACCUAUACUUGAUACAAAAGGACACAAAGAUGUUGAUGUUCUGAUAAUGUUUACUCAAGGAUUACUCCAACUUGUAUGUAGGAAAUUAUCAGAAGAUAUGAGUAGUUUAUUGUAUAAUGAUGAUUUGUUUUCACAUACUGUUGAUGAGAUUUUGCUGUUUGAUCGAGAGUUGCGAGGAUCACAUGAUUUUCCUGCUCUUGCAUUUAAAGAAGAAAGCCCACUGAAUGUUCUAAUGGCUCCCGACUGUCUUCAAAAAUGGAUAAGUGUUGAAAAGUCAUGUGCAUUGGACAGGCUCGACAACAUGUUGUCAUCUGCUAAAGCAUGGGAAUCUCAGUACGGAGAACAAGCCCAAUAUGAUGAAGACUUGAUGAUGAUGCAAGACAAUAAUUUAGAUGAUGUCAUGGUUCCUGAAUGUGCUGAGUCAUUUAUCACAAUGCUUUUGACUAUUACUGACAGGUACAAAUACAUACCAUCAGGAACAUAUCAACUGCGUUUUCUUGAUUUACAACUUCAUUUGUUAGAUGAUUAUAGGAUCAGAUUAACUCAGGUUUUAAAGAAUGAGACCAGCGAUUCAGCACUCGGAGAAAAGCAUUUUGCUGUUCUUAAUGCAACACAUUAUGUUGCAAAUGUUUUACGAGAAUGGGCAGAAAAUUCGUUUUUUCUUGAGCUCAAGCAUAAAAGAGACGAAGAACUUGGUACAUCAUCUGCUUCUUCUGUUGGUGAUGUCGUUCCUCAAUCACUACUUAAUUUGGGACAAAGUAGAUAUUCAAUUUCAAGCGAUCCUAUAGGAUCAGGAGCGGAUGACAGUGUUUUUGAUGGAAUGUUACGAUUGUAUGAUCGUUUGUAUCAAGAUGGAAUAGAACAAGUCGCAAAUUUAGUUUUCCUGAAGUUCGAACUGGAAGCAAGAAAUUAUGCCAACGAGAGCUGGCUUACUUUACCACCAAAAGAAGAGCAGUUGACUUUAGUAGUCUCUCGUACAGCCUGUUCAAUGCUGUUGGUUUUGCAAGAGCGAUUGCAUCUUUUAUCUCGUAAAUUAUGUACUCCUCUCUUUUCCUCAUGUUGGCGUCGUAUUGCAGAUAAAGUUGAUUCAUAUUUGUUCCACCAGGUUGUUGUGCAGAAUCGAUUUAAUGUUGGAGGGGCAGCACAACUUCAGUUUGAUAUGACUAGAAAUUUAUUCCCUCUGUUCAGUGAAUAUACACGAAAGCCAGAGAGUUAUUUCCGAAGAAUGAACGAGUCUUGUGUUCUUUUGAAUCUUCAAAGUGGUAGUGCAAUGCUGCUGAGUGAAGUUCUGAGUACACCUCCAGAAGCUUUAGAGCAAGGUCAUCCUCGACAUGACCCAAAUUCAAGUUCAGUUAAACCUUCUGCAGCUCUUUCAGACAUUGGCGUAACUCUUCUACAACCAGAUGAUGCAUCAUUGGUUUUGCGACUUAGAGUAGAUUGGCCUCAAAAUAUGUAAUUUCAAAUUGAAAAUCAAGUAUAUUUUUGAAAAUUUCAGCAUGUUCAAUUGGAUACUAAAAUAUUGAAUUAUGUCAAUAAUAGUGCUAUGAUAGAAGCUUUUUUUGUUAUUUAAAUUCAAAUUAAAGUACAACUGCAUGUUUUCAGAUAGUUUGAAAUACAUAAUUUAUCAUUUUUUCGUUUGGCAUUGUUAAUUCAAUUGGUCAGUGAUAUGUUCAUUUUGGGUCAUUUUCUUUGGCUCGUGUUUUUUGGUCUUGUCGUAUGUUUUAUCUCUUUGAGUGAUUUUUCUAUUUUGAUGGUGUUGAAGUUGGUUGGUAUUAGUAGAAGGGUGGUUAUGUAGAACUUUAUAGCAUUAAUACAGUAUUUAUCAAUCUCUCUCUGUAUUAACAGAGCUAAAUGUCAUAGAUCUUAAGACUCUUGCUUCGAUGUGUUUGUAAUCUCCUAUCCUAUCCUAAUCUGGGAUAUUGGGUUCAUUUUUGUGCUAUAUUCAUUCGUAUUUUACUAUAAGAUAAUUAGCCCAAGUAUUUUCUGUGGCUGCUCACCAGCCGUGCUAUGUUUCAUUUCAUGUUACUGCAACUGGUGUACAUCAAAGGAUUGAAAAAUUUAAAACCUUCAUUAUCCACAUGAUUAGGAAAUAGGUACUUCUGGAGAGUGAUAAUCCUCUGGAAAAAUUUCUUGCCAAAGAUAAUCAGUAUAUCAAAAAUUAACGAUAUUUACUGUUCUAUAUGUGCUCACCAUCAACCAACAAAGUUGGUCAUGGGAGUCAGCAAUAUAUUAUUUUUUCUGAUUAUGUUUGUUUUUCUGCUGAUUCAUCUACUGCCUGUUUUUCGGGUGAAAUAUCAAGUUUAUAUUUUAUUUCCUAAAAUAUGACAUAAUAUAUUAUUAUUAUCAA